GACUCUCUGAUUGGUCAGAUUUGACCUCGUCACUUGAAUAAUCGUUCUCCCCACCAUUCCCCAACACUCGAGGGACUUAUUAUCGAGGUUGUGAACGAUGCAAAACAUUAAACAAUCAAGCAGAAGUGGACUCCUCACCUUUUAUCGAUACGUGAGAAUGAAGACACAUGAUUCAACAAGUAUUCAUUCGAGAAAUACCGCUGAGGUUUACGACGUCCCAAUGAGAGUUUUGAUCCGUCCAAUACCACCUGAAGUCAACGAGGAAAAGGUCAGGGGUUUAAUGGAGACAAUCCAAGACCCAGAGACCGUCGACCUGGUUCCUCCCAUCGACAUUCUGUGGAUUACCGGGCGAGAGGGUGGUGAUUAUUAUUACUCAUUUGGGGGCUGCCACCGAUACACAGCUCACAAACGCCUUGGCAGGCCGACCAUAAAAGCAAAGAUCAUAAAAUCAACUAUAACUGACUUGGAAACAUAUUUGGGAAGUUCUACUCCUGAUUUGAAAUAACUCAGUUAUUGACGUUUGUUUCGCAAUUAUGAAUUGUGCCAAGAUAAUCACUUUAUUUUUUAAUAAAUUCUUUUAUAAUUA